CUCCAAAAUUACCUACCCCACCUUUAAUAUAUGGGGAAAUAUAUUUUCUUUGCGUAAGGGCAGUGUCCGUGUGGCCCGUUACUCCAGAGUUCUUAACGCGGAUCUCUUUAAACUCCCAUGACGCAGUUAGCAGAGAUCUAAUGCGGAAGCUGGUUUGAUAAACGGCACAUGUGACCUCCCUUCUCUCCCUCUCUCCCGCCCUGCUCUUCCUCCCUCUAGCUGCCGUUAACAAGGAAACGUGUGCAGACUCACUCGCUCCGCCAUGGCGGCUCUAACAUCUGCCCAACAUGUCUUCAUGUUCCUGUGGAUUAUUGGCUCUGUGGCUGCAGAAGAUUUAGAGGUGACGGCAGAGCCUGGAGAAGACGUCACUCUUCAGUGUCACAGUCACACAGAUGCUGCUGUCACAAAGUUGGUGUGGAGCAGAUCUGAGCUGAAGGAUGUUAACGUCUUCUUCUUCAGGAAUAACAGGCCGUAUGAUAGCUUCCAGGAUCCACGUUAUCGUGGUCGUGUUGAGCUGAAAGAUCCAGAGAUGAAGAACGGAGACGCUUCUGUUGUCCUGACGAAGUUCAACGUCAGCGACACGGGAACGUACCAGUGUCGGGUUACAACUUCCAACAUGCCAACAAAACUGGUGAACUCCGUCCAUCUGAGCGUCUCUGAAGGUCCCCCGAAGGAAGAUUUGGAGGAAGAAUUGAAUAAACGGCACAGAAGAAACGUUGGGUUGGGAGUUGGUUUGGGACUGGGUUGUCCUCUUGUUGGUGUUGCUGGUUAUGCUAUUAAACGUUUUGCUUUUCCAAAACCUAAAAGGGAUCCUUUGCCGAGUCCAGAUGAGUGUGAUGCUUUUAAAGAGUGAAGCACUCAUCAACCACGCACCUCUAACACCCGACUGUCCUCCAUCAACUGCUUCUGAACAAAUAACAACUCCAAAGAGACCGUUCUGAGUAUUUAUGGUUUAUAUAUUGGACUCAGGGAAAAGUACUGAAAAUACAUGUUACCAUAGUAACUGCACUUAAAACACAUGUUGUUUGAUUAAAAGUACUGUUACUAUGAAUACAUUGUAUUUAAGUUGAAGUACUAUGACUUAUUAUUAAGUACACCAAUAUACUUAAAUACAUGUUCUUUAGGUGAAUGUACUCGCCCCCCCCCAUCGAGUCUCAGUCGGCUGUGAAGAGGUCUGCGCUUCGUAACUCAUUUCACGUGUGCUUUGUUUUAUCGCAGAAACGUCGUCUGCUUCAGGUUUAUGUAUUUGCAGAUAAUUAUUCCAGUAUAUACUUAAUACUUCCUUUCUGAAUCUGUGGAUGUCCUGAAUAAGACUUUAAAAGGUUUAUUUAUUUUCUAAGUAGAUUUACAUGAAAUGUGAAACAGUUUUGAUUGUUAAACUUUAAAUUAAGAACUUCUUUCAGAUUGCUAAAGAAGAGAUCAGAAACUAAAAGUAGCCGAUUCAAUGAUGAAUGAUUUGAUUUGAAUGAAUGCAUCCCGAUAACGAAUCAAUAACAAACUGCACUUCCCUUUGAGAACAUACCGAACAUGAAUGUGCCUAAAUCUUUCAAUGUUAAGCUUGCUUUGCUCUGUGUCAGGUAUUUGUAAGAAAAGUACAUGUUACAUCUGGACACUGAAGUUCUUAUUUUAUAUAUAAUUAGUUCUUGUGUUUAUUGUAUAUUGUGCACAUGUGUUCUUUGUGCUGAGCAUUAGCUGCUAAUGCUAACAGACCAAAGCCUCAGAGUUAAGAAAUAUAAUAAAGCUUGUGACGUAGAAAAUGAUUUAAAGACAUUUUAUUUAAGCCAAAGUACUGUUACGUUAAAAAAAGUAUUUUAAUCAAAGAUCUGUUACUUUAAAACAUUUUAUAAAAGUGGGAAAGAAUGACAGAUUGUUAAAGAAAACAUUUGUACUGAAAGUUAUAAAAUGUGAAAUGUACUUCAUCUCGGUAACACAGAAUGAUUUGUCAAGCUAUAAUAAACAAUCUUUAAAACCAG